AUGAAUAAACCUUUACGAACACAACACCCCCUAUUUAAAAUUGCAAACAAUGCUCUAGUCGACCUCCCCGCCCCAAUUAACCUCUCAGCAUGAUGAAAUUUUGGAUCCUUAUUAGGCCUAUGUUUAAUUAUUCAAAUUCUAACAGGCCUAUUUCUCGCUAUACACUACACUGCAGACAUUAACUUAGCAUUUAAUAGUGUAAAUCAUAUCUGCCGAGACGUCAACUACGGAUGAUUACUACGAACUCUUCAUGCUAACGGUGCAUCAUUUUUCUUCAUUUGCAUCUAUUUACACAUCGGACGAGGAAUUUAUUACGGGUCUUAUUUAUUUAAACCUACCUGAUUAGUAGGAGUAUUAAUUUUAUUUCUAGUAAUAGCAACCGCAUUUAUAGGGUAUGUCCUACCAUGAGGUCAAAUAUCCUUUUGAGGAGCUACUGUUAUUACUAAUCUACUAUCAGCCAUCCCCUACUUAGGAAUUGACCUAGUUCAAUGAGUAUGGGGAGGAUUCGCAGUAGACAACGCCACACUUACACGAUUCUUUACAUUCCACUUCAUCCUACCAUUCAUUGUAUUAGCAAUAACUCUAAUUCAUCUUUUAUUCCUACAUCAAACAGGAUCCAACAAUCCUAUUGGAUUAAACUCAAAUAUUGAUAAAAUCCCCUUCCACCCAUACUUUUCAUACAAGGAUAUUGUAGGAUUUAUUAUUAUAAUUGCAUCGCUAGUUAUUCUAACAUUAACUAACCCCUAUUUAUUAGGAGACCCAGAUAAUUUUAUCCCUGCUAAUCCACUAGUUACCCCUGUUCACAUUCAACCAGAAUGAUACUUCCUGUUCGCCUACGCAAUUCUUCGCUCUAUUCCCAAUAAACUUGGGGGAGUAAUUGCUCUAGUAUUAUCAAUUGCAAUUUUAGCAAUCCUACCCCUCUACCAUCUAAGAAACUUCCGAGGGAUUCAAUUCUACCCAAUCAACAAAAUCCUAUUUUGAAUUAUAGUCGUAACAGUAAUAUUAUUGACCUGAAUUGGAGCACGACCAGUAGAAGAGCCUUAUGUACUAGUAGGACAAAUCUUAACUAUUAUUUAUUUCCUCUAUUAUAUUAUUAAUCCACUAGUAAAUAAAUGAUGAGACAACCUAAUUAAUU